CCGCUGGUGACGAGCACCGUGUUCGCUGUACUAAUGCUAAAUAGGAUUCAUCCCUACCGUAAACCACAGGAGAAAAAUGAAAGCUCGUGCUCCUCCUCCACCGAAUCAACCUUCUGCAGCAAGUAGAAUUCACAGUGAGCAGAAGUCAUCUGCAGACACAGCUGUAAUUUCUGAUCAGAACCUUGUUAGCAUGAAGGAGAACAUGAUAAACAGAUGGGUGGACUUCACAGUCAUUUUACCCAGCGGGACAGAGCAGAAGAGCACAGUGCAAGGAAGUAAAGCUGUGAUGGAUCUCUUGGUUGAUUUAUGCAGCCAGUAUCGCUUAAAUCCAUCCCAGUAUAGUCUAGAACUGAAGUCUUCGGGAGCUCAACAACCUCUGAGUUACAAGCCAAACACUUUGAUAGGAGCACUGGAUGUACAGCUGGUAUUUCUGAAAGAAAAGAUUCCUGAAGAGAAGACAAAACGACCUCUGCCAAGGGUCCCUGAGAAAUCUAUGAGGCUGGUAGUGAACUACCUGAAGACGCAGAAGGCUGUGGUUCGAGUUAGUCCAGAGGUGCCUCUCCACAGCAUCAUCCCAGCUAUUUGUGAGAAGUGUGAGGUCAGUCAAGAGCACAUUGUUCUCCUGCGAGAUGGCAUCACUGGGGAAGAACUGGAGCUUACUAAAUCUUUGGAGGAGCUGGGGAUAAAGGAGCUGUAUGCCUGGGACAGAAAAAGAGUUCCUCCAUCAAAAACUCAGUCUGAACCUACUCUGAACUAUAGAGAACCACAUCAAAAGGCUUCAGUAAGCAAUGAAACAAUAGAAAAAGAAAAGACAAGACUUCUGGGGUUGUUUAAAACUGACAGAAGAAGUAGCAAGACAGAAGAACAUUUGAGGAUGAACAGGGAUUGUGGUGAGGAGGAUGUUUUUAGUUCUACAUCUACAAGUGAAGGAAGCUUGGAUGGUUUUUCCACAGCCCCAAAUUCCCCUUCGGUGAAUUCUCGUUCCAGUUGCCUGGGUCCAUCUCUGUCGCUUGGUAACAUCUCAGGAAUGACAUCGAACGCAGAAGUGAAAAAGCGCAGAGCACCUCCUCCACCAGUUGCGACACCUGCAUUGCAGAACGUGGAUAUGAGUGGACAAGAAAAGACAGCAGCACAGAUUUCAAAAGGACCAUCCCUAAAUGAUUUACAGAAAAAGAAGAGACGUGCUCCACUCCCACCACCUGCAUCUGCUCCAUCCACUCCUGCCAUGCCAAACAGGACAGAAGAGAGGGAAGACAAGAGGAAGAGCACAAUGGGUGGAACAAUCUCUUGGAUUAACCUGGAACAUAGAGCUAAUGAGAGCCUGCUUCCUUCACAAGAUAAUGUUUAUGUAGUGGAUGACACGGUUCUGGAGCUAUCAGAGGUGGAAGAAACAGCUUCAGAAAGCAGCUGUUUUGCAUCUGAGGAGACCACAGAAGACUCAGGUGUUGUGAGUUCCCCAUCUGACAUUGUGUCUUUGGAGUCACAGAAUGACAGUGUGAAGUUGAGAGACAUCAAACUGGUCAAUGGCUAUGUGGACUCGGCUGAGGCAGAUGGGAUGCACGGCACAGAGACAUUCCCUGUGAAGAGUGCCUCUGAUAGUUUGGCAUCUGACAGUUCUCCACAGAGCAGGAGAGAUGAAGAAAUGGCUUCAGCUGAGCAUGAGAAUGAGGCUGAGUUCAUUGCUGCACAACUCCAGCAGACUUUAGCUGGCCUGGACAAGGAGUUAGAAGCAGUGGAUGGUAUAAGCAACUCUGACACUGAGUACAUCGAUGAAGUGUUGAAGCCGCAUGCAAGAAAAGUUGAAGCUACCCAAGAUAUUACCAUUUCUAUUCCAGUAACAGUCAUAGAUGAUGCUCCAGAAGUUAGCACCUCUAACUCUGCUGGAGGUCAAGAGACAGAGACAAGAUCAUUACAAAAUACCGUGGAUGACUCUGUUAUUACAGGGAACUUUACAAAUAAAAACAACAAUGCAGGUUCUUUUGAUAAAGGACACACAGAUGGUGGAGCAUUAUGUGUAUCCAAGGACUUAAUAUAUCAACACCUGACUGAAAAUGAAUUCAGCCUCUUGCCUGUGGAACAGAGGAGAGAUCUAUUUGAAUCUCUCACAUCCUCUUUUGAAAAAAGAAUUGAAAAGGGCUUCAGACAGGAAACACCACACAAGCAAGGUGCCAAGUCUGAGGAAUGUAAAUCUAAGCUGAAUCCGUCUCACUCCAAGGCUUCAGCUGAAACCAGUACAGCAAAAGAGAAGAUAAAUCCACUUAAUGAAAGUAGUAACAGGGAAAGAUCUUUGAAAAAAAGUAAGUCAGAAUUAGAAAUUAAAUGGCCACCAGCAAAAAAAAGUGAAGGAGAAGAAGUUCCACUAACAGCCACAUGGUAUCAUCGUGCCCAGAACUCGGUGACAAACUAUGAACCUAAAAUGGGUUUGACAACCUUUAAAGUUGUCCCUCCCAAGCCUGAAGUCAAACAUUUCGAUAGAGGAGUUUCGCUUUCCACUGGUGCCAUUAAGAUAGAUGAACUAGGCAACCUUAUAGGGCCAAACUCUGGUGUCAGUAAGCACAUACCAGGCACAUCUGCUGGUGAAAGUGAGGAAAUUUCUCUUGGGAAGGUGAAGGAAUUCUGGAAAUCAAGUUCAACAGAAAAGCAAAGUGAUGACACUGCUGAGCAUCUUCCUAAAAAGUCAGCAGUCACCACAAACUCUAAGCCCUUUACUAUAAAGCAUGAACACAAACCGGUCUAUCUUGCAGCUCCAAAACCAGUAGCACCACAAUUUGCUACUACUCAGGCAGCUGAAAGACAGUCAGAGAAUGAAAGGACAAAAUCACCUCUUCCAGUUGCACAGUCUCAGGUAACACCAUUAGUGGUCCCAGCAACUAAUAAAGACAAGCUGGAGCUUCCAUUUGUAAAGCCACAUAGAAGAACUUCAAGUCAGUACGUUGCCUCUGCCAUUGCAAGACACAUCAGUGCAACUACCUUUAACUCAAUGGAAUACCAUGAGAAAGAUGAAAAUAAGCAAGGGUCAGGAGAGGUUAAAAAUGAAGCAGAAAUGUCACCCAGAAGAUAUAUUGUUGUAGACAAAUUUAGCCCUAUGGACACAGAAUCAGCAGAAACAAGAGAAACACUUUCGAGUAUUUUUACUUGCAGCCAGAAAGCACCACACAGGUUUCCACCUGGUGAUAAUUCUGGCAUGGAAAACAAAAUAGUUGACAUCAGGUCACCAAAUCAAGCAACUUCUCUGAGUUUCUAUAAAAGGAAUGCUGGUGUCUCACUUACUAAAUCCUCUUCCAAGGAUAACAAUGGUCCAGAGGAUGAUAAUGGUUUAAAGAGAGAACAAAGUGUAGCCAAGAAACAGACACAUCUUUCAUUUGACCAGAAAUGCGAGACUUCAACCCGUACUACUUCAGCCUCAUCUCUCAAGUCUCCUGAUCUCCAAGGAGUUGCAUCCUCUUUCAGCGCACCUGUGCGAGUCACUAAAUGGCCUCCUGAUAAUGGUGUACAAGUUAGUUUGCUAAAAGCUUCGCCUGAGCUAAACAGUGGAGCAGCAAACGCAGGGGCAGAACAGGAAGAGAAGCAUGGUGAUUCAGAGAGUAAUGCUGUCAAUGAACUGGAUGUUAGUGUACAGACCAAUAUCUUUGGGCCAAAGAAGAAGUUUAAACCUGUCAUCCAAAAACCGGUUCCAAAAGACACAUCACUGCACAGUGCCCUGAUGGAAGCCAUUCAAACAGGAGGGGGAAAAGAGAAACUCAGAAAGGUUUCAGAUAGUGCACUAAAUGACAGCUACAGGAAACCUUCAUAUGCUGAGCCAGAGAAUGAGCGCUCAGCCCUUCUAGCAGCAAUUAGAGGCCACAGUGGCAUCUCAAAGCUGAAAAAGAUCUCUUCAUUGGCCUCUGAAGAGCUGCAGAGUUUUCGGAAUGCAGAACACUCCUUGCAGAAGGCAAAAGACCCUCAGGAAGAGCAGUUUUAUAUACCACCUGCACCUGCCCAGCCACCACCUCCCACUCAGCUGUCAGCAGCAGCCCCUAAAUCCUUCGCCAUUGCUGCUGGUAACCCUGGAGAUGCAAGGCAAGCCCUGAUGGAGGCCAUUCGCUCUGGUGCCGGAGCAGCAAAGUUGAGAAAGGUCCCGCUGCUCGUUUGAAUGUAUAAAGAAAUUGGAAAGUCUAACUCUAUGUGCACACAUAAUCAUCAUUCAUGGUCCAAAGUGGCAAAAAAACAUCAAAGAAGUAUAGUUUCUUCUCUUGCCUAUAAGCCAAAAUCAGUUGUAGUUAAUUUUCUGUGUGUUCCUUCAUAAUGAUUGUAAGGGGGAAAUAGGCUGCUCGUAAGUAAAGCUUUUGUGCCAAGGAAUUGCGUUUUGCCUCUGAAUAUUUAAGGUUGCCAAUAAGCUAUUCUUGUUGGCAAGUUAAUAAGGGUACAAACACUGUGCAGUCCUGUGUUAAUACUUAAUUGUGUUUGUGGGCAUAAUUACAAGACUUUGCUAGCUAUCUGAAAAGCAAUCCUCAUUGCAGGUUGUUAAAAACAUGUAGCUAUUUCAAAUGAUUUACUGGCUUCUUCUUUGAUUUGGGAAAGGGCUGUAAGCAACUGAAGUGAAACCCAGAAUAAAGAUUCCUUGAAAACAAUCAAAAGGAAAAAAAAUGCUGGUACUUUCUAAAGAAUUGUCAUAUGCUGGAGUCAUUUUUUAAAAAUGAGAAUCUCUUUCUGGUGAACGUCAGAGAAAGGCAGUAAUCAAAAGUGAACGUGAGACAGUGUCUAUCAAAAAGUUAAGGGAAUAUGAUGUAUAGAAUGCUAACAGGCAGAGAUAUACUGAACCCUAGUAGCAUUUAUGGCACUUUACAAAUGUUGAGGCACCUUAAAGUAGCUUUAUUUGCAAAAGACUGUGAAGGUUAUAUAUAAGAUUGGGAGCGCUGGGCAGAGGUCCAAGAUACAGAAUUCAUUCCUGCACUGCAAAAUGAAGUGAAGUUGGUUUAUAUCAGUAACCAGGACUUCUGUCAUGUCCUGUUCAGGUCAUGCAAAAGCUGGUCCUUUGUUCCCAAUUUCUGUGGCUGUUGUACGUUGUCUCACAAUUAUUUAUAGCAGCAUCUCUUUCAAAUGUUAACUACUUUGGUAGUUGUUGUACAUAUAUUGAAAAUAUUUAAUUAAGUUGAUUAACUUAAAAAGGACACACGGAAAUGCUUUUUCCCCCCCCACAUUUCCUAUAUUGUAAUGAAACUGAAUAAGAGGAAGUUUGUACAUUUCCGUUUUUGUAAUCCUGGGCCAGAAUAACAGCAGACUCUUUUUUUCUUGGAGCUGAAAUUUUGACUGUCUAGCUAUGUAAUGUUGGAAGUGCACGAAUCUUUAGCCAGCUGCACUCAAUGUGUCUAUAUAUUAUGUAUUGUAAGAUACCAAUGUCUACUAGUGCCACAAAUAAAAACUAAGUCAAAACCUGA